AUAUUUUUUUUUUAUUGAGCAGGUGUAUUGAUUUAGAAUAGCACCAUUUUCAUUAUUUUCCACAUGAGUAGCAAUAUCUUUUAGCCUAAAUUAUAUGAGGAGGACACUUGAUAUUAAUAUCUGACAUUAGUUAAUGAGUUGCAAUACAAUGAUUUCCUCAGUGAGUGUCAGUGAUUUAUUGUAAAAAAAAUAAUUCAGAAUAAUAUAUUAAGAAUCAAACAUGUCAACUUUUUUUGUUUUGCUUUUUUUUUUAUGAAAGUUGUAUGAAUUUGUAAUGCAUUGCAAGACAGCUUUCACAUGGCAAGUACACGUUUUUAAAUUUUUGAGGGGAUCCGCACCCUCACUGUGAGCAUAUAGCAGUCAAAACGUUAAAGGAGUGAGCCCUUUCAUUCAUGUCCCCUUGUGCUGGGUCUUGGUCUUAUAUGAGAGGUAGACAGUCCAUUACCAGUGGUGUCUGUGGCUCUCAUAACUCAUGCUUUCUUUAAAGGUCCCAUAGUGUACCUGGAGGUGUUCUUGAUGGUGGUGAUGGUAGCUGCUCCAGGAGGUUAUGCAGAUAUACAAGCAGGAAAUGGAAUUUCAUGUGUGCAGAACAUUACCAUCAAUUCAGAACACGUUGAAAAAGGUUGGCCAUACAAUUAUACGAUUCAUAUGAAUAAUUCUCAAUGCUCCCCUGAACAGAAGCCAUUGAAAGGAAGAAUCUUGGAAUGUGAGAAAGGAUAUGGGAGGGGAAGCUUUAGUGAGGUAAGUUUACAAACAGAAGGAAAAUUAUGUCCUGUGGCUAAAUGUCAGAGACUUGAAGUAGAUGGCAUUAGCUCUUCACCUAUUUACACCCCUGAUUGCAAUCUUGACGUCAGUUUGAAUUUCCGUGAGUUUAACAACAAAGGACUUCACCUUGGCAUCAAGUCAGACAAGCGUAUACGGUCUUGGAACCUCACUAUCUUCACCUGCUUGAAGGAAGACUGUACUGGCUGUGCAGAAAAGAAACUUAUGGAUGAUGUUGGCAAUCAGACUGUUUUAAAGAUUGAGGAACACUUUGUGCUAGAUGAGUGUUAUUGCUUUAGAUUAGUACCAAACAUUUAUGGUACGUGUGAGCCAUCUCUGUCACGGUAUCUCUUUAAACAUCUUACCAGCUGUUUUCCACAAGACUGGUCAGAAAGGCAGGAUAAUUCCAUAGUCAUUAACAAAGGAAGCAGCUGGUGGGUGGUGCCUUUUGGAGUCUUGGUAGCUGUUGAAUUUCUUGUCUGCACCUCAGUGGCUGUUAGUGCUGCCUGGAAGUACUUCAGGACUGAGAAAUUCAAGUACACAACUCCAACAGCAGCAGGAGAGGUGAGGAGAACCAGCCCAUCUGUCCUCAUCCUUUAUGCCCAGGACAUUGUGGCUCACCUUUCCCAGGUCUCACAGCUAAAAAUGUGGCUGAAGGACGUUCUUCUUUGUGAGGUAUUUGAUAUCUUUGAUGAUACAAACCUGGAGAAGCUAGCUGACCCCUCAUGGUGGCUUCAAGAGAUUAUUUCAAAGUCUUCUGUGAAGAUUGUGUUGGUGUUGUCUCCUCAGAUUGAGAACUUCCUCCAUCCCUUGAUUGCCACUGAUGCCAAGCCAGAUAUUUCACCUGACUGUUUGAGUCAAGAACUAAACAACAAACUCCUGCUGGCAGGAAUCAAGUAUCUCCUGCAGCCAGGUCUUGUUGUGAACUACGACCGAGUAUUUACAGUAAGCUUUGGUACAGUGAAUGUGGGAAGUAACGCUGGUCCGCUGGUGGAGAGCCGUCGGUACAUCUUGCCACAGCACCAGUAUUUGUUUGCAGCUGCUCUUAUGGAAGGAUGCAAAAACAACUAUGUACCUUGUUAUUUCAAUCCAUUGGGAAUGAAGUGUGCUGAUCCAUCCAUGGAAGUGGAAGACAAGCAACAACUACUGGCAUGAGGCACAAAAGAGCACCAUCAAACCCUACAAUGUAGUAAAACAAGACCCCAAUAGAGUCAGUCUUAAUUGCUGGGCAUGAAAUCCACAUCUCUACAUCCUGUGGUUAUGGGAUCCCUGGAGGUGAUGAAGAACAUGGCUAAACACUCAUCUCAAUCUUCCAGUUGACUUGAAUAUUCUUAAAAUGGCACAUGAAUAAAAGCCACAAGGACAUAAGAAAGAUGAGUGCACCCAACAAACAUCAGCAUGAGUCUUGUUCUUGCUGGAUUGUUUGCAGAAGGCCAUGAUGCUUUGUUGCCAGGCCUCAGCUCAUCUUCUCUAGUUAUUCCUUGGUAUUCUUUAUUAGGAAUUUAGAUGGGCUGGUAAUUACUACUGUAUUAGCACUUUGUCAGCUGGCUGAAGCUCUCGUGGGACCAAGUUACUUUACUUCUUUGGCUAUACUGGUUUGUUAUUCAUCAUUGCAAAACUAGCUGCUUAUUGCUACUAAUUUCGCUGGUACAAAUGAUGUAUAAUCUGUACAUUUAUCUAUCACUAUAUUUUUAUGGCAGUUAAUUAAUAGAAGGCAUAUUUUAUUUAUUAGUUUCAGCAUAAUCACUAACCACAUUUAUUUGCAUUAAUUGCUUCUUUAUUGAAGGUAUGGAUCAAUAUCUGUAUGAUUGCUUUUCACCAUUACCUUAUAUUUAGUUAAUAAAAGAUUACUGUAAAACAAGUUGGAUUUCUAUCAAGCCCCAUUCAACCAAAGACAGUUACUCUUCAAUUAAAAGUGAAAUCCAGAGCAGGAUCUUGCCAAUGUCUAACUGGUGCCUGAAAACUGACUACAACAAGUGUUAAUAGCACAAAAACUGUGCUAGAUUGGUGUCGCAUGACCCUCCAACACACCCCCAACAAUUUAUAUUAUGCAAUUAGGGGUCUAAAAUGGAAAAUGCUGAAAAGUAAAGAUGGCGCCAUUAUAAACACUUGCCUGUGCCACAACGGGCUGGGGGCGACCAUCAGGCCCUACUAUGAAGGCCUACCGGCGCCACAGGCCAUGAUGUGUACAGGUAACUCUUGAUUUAUGCGAGUAUUGCGUCCUUGAAGAGGUUGUGUAAAUCAAAAACAAUGUAAAUCAAACAAGAGGUAGGUUUCUGUCGAAAAAUAAAUAUUCACUUCAUUCAGUGGAGAGAGAGAGAGAGAGAGAGAGAGAGAGAAUAUCCAUAUCACCGAGAUAUCCACUCAUGCACUCAGUCUCAGCCUUACUCAUGUGAGGAAGAAAUGAGGGACACCAUGAGUGACUGGCUAGUAUUGGUACCGGUACCUGCCCACCCCUAUUGUUGAGUAGCGUGGCAGCGUGGGUACUGUAUUGUUGUUCAAGUGGCGCGUGGGAAGAACUGAGCUCACCUGUGUGGCCGCAGCGCCGUGUGAGUCCAGUUGCGUGAGACAUAUGGUGGCCACUCCAUAAAAUAUCAUGUAUAAGUGGAAAAAACGUGUAAAUUAAACAUUUAUUUGGAUUUUGGACCCCGUGUUAUUUAAAAAACGCGUAAACCAAACUCGCAUAAAUCGA